GGCAUAUUGGAGCCGUGUCGAUAAUAUGUUCGGCGGCAAGAUUACCUUGCUGUCUAACAGGUCGCAGGAAUGAAUUUCCAUGGUGUUCCAGACAAAACCAUCACUACCAUGGAAAGCAGCACUGAGUCUCAAUCGAUCACCAUCCACCGUGAUGGAGACCUUCAUCUCAUCGCCGGUGGUCAGCUUGAGGGCGUUCUAACCACGGACUUGCUAGUGUGCUUUAGGUUAUUCACUCGCCACUCCAAUUACUACAAAAACUCGCUCAAUGAAACAUUCGCAGAAUCCAAGUCACAACAACAUGGAGGCCAAGACUGGGAGGUACUUCUUCCCAAGGGGGAGCGAACUACUGCAUUCACUCCUUGUAUUUCAUAUUGUUCAUGCCAAUUUAAACAAGAUUCCAGAGUCUCUCACCCUCAAGCACAUUCAAGGACUGUUCGAAGCAUACAUUUGAUGUUUAAUCUACUACAAGGCAUCAAGAACAAAGAUCCUGUGAAGAAUUUGAUCGCAUGCCGUCAGAACAGCAGUGAAGAGUGCGAAGCGCUUGCUCUGGGAUCUGUCAUCGAGUAAAUGCAAAAGCCAGACAACUGUCCUUUCCGCGACGCCAAAGCCUAUCGGGGUAGCCUCAACGACUUGCUGAGCAGUUCUAACGCAGUCAGACGGGCCAAUUACCGUAAACGCGACAGAUACACAUAGGACCACGAGUCUUAUUACAAAUAGUCAUCUAAGGUUAGAGCCAUGACUGAUACAAUACCUAAACCUACUGGUACAUCAGAUUCGAAGUCUUUGCAAUAUCUUGCCGAGCGAGGCGCAAGUAUAGGCUUCGCUGGUAUGGUCUACAAGACUUGAACAUAUAGAUGUGGAGUUUGGUGGAAAGUUCACAUGGCAGUGGCCUGGUUUGAGGCUUGUGGUUACCGCAUGACUUUCUUCAAGAAUUAC